CCCCCCCUUUUUGGCCCAAACUGUAUAUGUUAUAAAAAAUUAUCUUUUUUUUUUUGGCUUCAUUAUAUACAAUAUGCCUACAAGAUAUUAUUAAAAAAGGGGAGAAAGGUUUUUCAUUUUCAGAAUCCUUUUUUUUUUCUCUCUCUCUCUUUCAAAAUAUGAAUCAACAAAAAUCAAAGACAUUCAAUUUUGGAUUUCCAAGCAAAAAGAAUAAAGCAGCACAAGAAGAACAAUCUGUGUCAGAAGGGAAAAGAAAGAUAACAGAAAGCAUCGAGAGUUCAAAUAAAAAAUCAAAAACUAUUGACGAUGAAGACGAGUUAUUAGCAAGUGCUGGCUUAGGACCUUCUAUAAGCUCAGCUACAAAAGAAGAGGAAGAAGAAGAAGAUCCUUUAGAUGCAUUUAUGGCAGAUAUGAAUGAAAAGGCAAAAAGUGAAAAAUCAGAACCAAAGAUUCGUAGAGAUGAUAUUGAAGAAGAAGACGAACUUGAGAGUUAUGUACGUCACAUGAAAGAAAAAGGAAUCACCAUUGGAGCGAAUAAUCAACCAUUGCCAGAAAUAGAUGAAAAUGCCAACUCGGAUGAUGAAGUUUAUGCUGCUGCUGCCGCUGUAGAUCGUCUUGAAAAGCAAUUUUACGAUCUUGACGACGACACAGCAACAGCAGCACCCACAAAGAAAGAAAUCGAACCGUUAGCCCGAGUGGAUCACAGCACGAUUGAAUACACUCCUAUUGAAAAGAACUUUUAUGAAGAACAUCCAGAUAUUACUGCAUUAGAUAAUGAACGCGUAAAAGUAUUACAUCAAGAAAUGGGAAUUACUGUCUCGGGAUACAAUGUCCCAAAACCAUGCAUCUCAUUUGCUCAUUUUGGCUUUGAUGAAGACUUGAUGAAUGCUAUUGUUAAAGCAGGUUAUACAGAACCAUCAGCUAUUCAACGACAAGCUAUACCUGCUGCUUUAAGUGGUCGAGAUAUUAUUGGUAUUGCAAAAACGGGAUCAGGGAAAACAGCUGCCUUUGUUCUGCCCAUGUUGGUGCAUAUCAUGGACCAAGAGGAAUUAGUCAAGGGUGAUGGUCCCAUUGGCCUUAUUCUGGCGCCCACACGUGAAUUAGCUGUUCAAAUAUACCAAGAAUCACGAAAGUUUGCUAAAGCUUACGGCCUCAAAGUAGGCGCUGUUUAUGGUGGCGCAUCGAAAUUGGACCAAUUCAAAGACCUUCGUAGUGGAACCAUUGAGAUUUUGGUAGCAACACCAGGUCGACUGAUUGAUAUGAUCAAGAUGAAAGCUACAAAUUUGAAACGGGUUAGUUAUCUUGUAUUAGAUGAGGCUGAUCGUAUGUUUGAUCUUGGGUUUGAGCCUCAAGUGAGAUCAAUUUGUGAUAACGUCAGACCAGAUAGACAAACUUUACUUUUCAGUGCAACUUUCCAAAAGCGUAUAGAACGUUUAGCUCGUAAUGUCACUUCAGAUCCUGUUCGCAUUAACGUUGGUACGACUGGUCAAGCAAAUGAAGAUAUCACACAGAUUGUUGAAGUAUUUGUUGAUGACACUUGGAAAUGGGAUUGGCUUAUGAGAAGAUUAGCUGGAUUCUGUAUAGAGGGAAGUGUUAUCAUUUUUGUCAGCAGAAAAGAUUCAGUAGAUAGUCUGGCAUCCAGUAUCCAACAAAACGGAUAUCAAUGCGUUGCUUUACAUGGUGAUCUACAACAAUAUGAAAGAGAAAAAGUGCUUAGAGAAUUUAAGCAAAACAAGGCUCAAGUGUUGGUUGCAACAGACGUUGCAGCAAGAGGUCUUGAUAUUAAAUCAGUAAAGAUUGUCAUCAACUAUGAAGUGGCUCACGAUAUUGAUUCACAUACACAUCGUGUUGGACGUACGGGACGAGCAGGUGAAAAGGGUACAGCCUAUACAUUGAUUACACAAAAAGAAGAUCGGUUUGCCGGUGAACUCGUACGGCAUCUAGAAACAUCCGGACAGGCUGUUCCUUCUGAACUGCUAAACUUGGCCAUGAAGAACUCGAGAUUCCGCGAUGCUCGAUUGGGUAGAAGAGGAAGAGGUGGAAGAGGUCGUCGGGGAAGAGGACGCGGUAAUGCUAAUCAUACACCCAUCGUGCCGAGGAAUACAGCUGGUGUUGGAUAUCAUUCAGGACAACAUCCAUCAAGUGGGAUGAUUCAUUUUCAAAAAUCCAGUACCGGAGAUUUACACACGAUAUCACAACAACAACAACAACAACAACAACAACAGAGAAAGCCUAGUAGAUGGAACUAA